AUGAAGCUCGGUUAAAUAAAUCAUCUUUUAAAUCAACCUUUGUUCAUUCAGAGUAUGACUAUCCUUAUGCAGCAGAAUGAGAUAGAGUAGAACAUUCCAAGGAUCCAGCCUCUACACAGGCAGUUCUUCUGAUAGAAAUGACUCUUCAGCUCAGAGAAUGCAAAUUAACCAGAAAAGACAGAGAGAACUAUGGGUUCUGUUUGCGUAUUGAGAAGUACAAAAUGGGACACCUUAUUCGGAAUGUGGAAAAGGACAGUCCUGCUGAGAAGGCUGGUCUGAGAGAUGGUGACAGAGUCUUGUGGGUCAAUGGGGUAUUUGUGGACAAGGAAGACCAUGGAAAGGUGGCUAAUUUAAUUAGGAAAAGUGCAGAUUCUGUACUGUUGCUUGUUUUGGAUGAAGAAUCUUAUGAAAAUGCACAUAAGGAUGGAGUCUGUUUUGAAGAGCUGAAAAAAAAUGGACAAACCCAGGAGCAGACACAUCAUCUUCCACUUGUGACAAAUGGAGUGCCUGCUCCAUUUCUACAACCUCGACUCUGCUACCUGAUUAAGGAACAAAACAGCUAUGGCUUCUCCUUGAAGACCACUGCAGGUCAGAAGGGAUUGUUCAUUAUAGAUGUGGCCCCACAAGGACCAGCUGCAAAAGCUGGAGUGCAGCCAAAUGACCGUCUGAUUGAAAUCAAUGGAGAAAAUGUGGAAAAUGACAGUCAUGAGGAAGUGGUUGAGAAGGUGAGACGGUCUGGGAACCAAGUUGUGUUUCUGCUGUCAAAUAAAGAAACUGACCAGUAUUAUAACAGACAGAACAUGCAGCUAACAAGAGGAAUGGCUAGUCUGAAAUUAUUACCAUACAAACCACGAAGUCUUGAGCUUGAGAAAGGCAAUAAUGGUUACGGAUUUUACUUGAGAAUGGAACAAAAUGGAAAAGGUCACUUAAUUAAGGACAUUGAUCCUGGCAGCCCUGCGGAUAAAGCAGGUCUCAAGGACAAUGACAUCUUGGUAGCAGUAAAUGGAGAGCCAAUUGAAGCACUGGACCAUCAUGCUGUGGUGGAGAAAAUCAGGCAGUCUGGUGAAAAAACGACACUGCUAGUUCUGGAUGAAGAGACAGAUGCCAUGUACAAAAUGGCUAAAAUAUCUCCAUGCCUCUACCAGCACACGACACAAAUGCAGGCACCGUAUGAGGCAGAAGUGCCAACAUUUACUGAGGAAACUAAUCAUAAGCCCAGGCUCUGCAAGUUGGUAAAGGGUCCCAGUGGAUUUGGCUUCCGUUUGAAUGCUAUCAAGGAUCUGAAUGGCCAGUUCAUUAAAGAGGUACAGAAGGAUGGGCCAGCAGACAUAGCAGGACUGCAAGUUGAUGACAUCUUGAUAGAAGUGAAUGGUACCAACGUGGAGAAUGAGGACUAUGACAAUGUAGUGGCAAAAAUCCAUGAUAGCGGCAACAAGCUGAUACUACUAGUGUGUGAAGAAGAAGCUUAUCAAUACUUUCAGUCUCGGAAUAUAUCUGUUACUGCCUCAAUGGCAGAUCCAUUAGAUGAUGACAAUAAUGACCCACCUGUUUAUACAGAGAUACAACCCUCACAGGCAAACGAACAACCCAGCUUAUCCUCCUCUUCAGAUUCAGUUGACUCAGAAGAAGAAGAUACCAAACUGUGAUACCAGAAAUCACAUGUUCUUCCCAUGUUUGUACUUGAAGAGCAAUGCUGAAUGACUCCUGUUUUGAAGAAAAGAGUUACUAAUAUUAUUGGUUAGAUACUUGAAACCAAAUCCCAAUUCCACUGUUACUUCUGAAACAAAUGUGUAACAUUGGGAUACUACGUAAUUAUAUUUUUAAUUGUUUCAAUGUGAUUAUAUUAGUUUAAUAAAAUCCAUUUUUGCAAAGCCACUGUCCUCAUGAAACACAACCCACUGUCCUAGCUUGUAUGCACAUGUACUGUAUAAGCUACAGAUAAAGACUUCCUCAUGAAGAGUGAUAAGCUAAUAUGGCACCUAUAUAUACAUACAGUGGCUCCCAAUCUAACAGAUAAAAUUAUUAAAAUUUAUCACACUAUAUUUUGGUUACCAUUUUCAAAUAACACUCUUUUUAUAUGUAAACAUUUUAGAAAAAACUUUCGACUCUGCUGCCCAAUAUUUUAACCACUUGGAAGAAGCUACAAUGCAUUGCUUAUCAACAUGGAUUUAUUGUCUCUAAUACUAAGUCUUUUGAUAAUUUCUUUUAUUCUAAGCUUUAAAAUAAAAUGUAACUCUUAUCUACAUCAGAAAAUGCUCAAGUUAUACAGAAUGUUUAUGUGAAAUAUUUUGAACCUGCAACCUAACAACUGUCUCUCUGGUUAAGGAAGACUCUUCCACUAUCUCUGCAACUUUCUGAUAGAAAAAUGGGGAAAAAGAGAGGCUUUUAAAACUGAAAGAUGGGCUUAUUUGUCUAGAACAGAGGUGGGAUUGGAUAGCU